GCUGCUGUUGCUACGGUAACGAGCAUGUACUUGCCGAGUAGCUGGCGGGAGCGAAGCCAUUUUGUAGCCCCAAGCUGUUAGUUUAGCAGCUGUGUAAAACAAGACAGGCCCAUGAAUACAUGUUGUUGUGGCAGUGAACAUGAGGAGACUGCGUGUCAGUAAAUGCUUCAUUAUCUCUACUGCCCAACCCGCAGCAGCCAAAUGAAGGCUUUGGGGGAAUGCUGGGAGUUGUAGUCCAAUGACAGCAGGUUGCAUUAUAAAGAACGAGCCACAGACAAGGUAUUUUCCCCCCACCCACCACCAAUAAGGAGAAGCAUGCCUCCAGCCUCCUGUAUCCCUACUGCAGAGGAAUGCAUAUUUAUUACAUUAAUGCACAUUUAUCAUGAUCGUCUUUCUCCAAAGAGCAAUUUUAUGGGUUGUACUGGCAGGAACCCGGGAGAUUAUUAGACGGUUUCACUCCACUGGUUCUGCAUCUCAAUAUACAGCUAUUAGCCAAAAAGCCAUUUUAAGAGCCGAAUUUCCCCAAAUGCACUCCCUGAACUAGUCAUGCGACCCCUUUGGACCCCCUCUGGGGCUGUAAAGAAAACGGUCUAUAAUCCUUGCCGUAAAGCAAGAUGGAAUUGCUGUCUCUUGUCAAACAGGAAGUAGAGCAGGAAAUGCCCUCCCCAUGCAUGGACAUUGAGUGACUAUGGGGGGAGACCAGCAGCCGCUCAGGGGAUGAGACAUAGAAAUAUGAGUGGCUUCUCGCCUCGGAGCGAAGACAUUUUUCAGCAGCCAAGACAAGAGCGACAGCAGACACCCUGAGCAGCUGGAGGUUUGAUGUACGUGUUGUGAAACAAAGACAAGAGCUGCUUGCCCACAAGGGAGGCUGCAAUUCAUGGUUCCGGGUAACCGAGCCCCUGUGUAGAGUAUUCAGACAGUGCUGGGAGGUAAGUGACGGGUGCUCUUGAGUGCUGAAGUCAGCUUUGGACAAUGCUUUAGAUUAAAAGCAGCAGUAUCAGACAGAUUGCAGGGAGGCUGACGGUACUGCACUGAGCCCACCAGACUGAAAACAUUCACGGCAGACCAUGUUCCACAAUCCAGCCCAUCUGCAAGGCACUUAAAUUUGGAGGUCAUCUGGUCAGUUGCCUCUCAAACCGGUCACAAUUUCAUGUGUCGGGGUUGGACCCAUCGGCUUACCCUAUCUUGCCAGCCAGGACUACUGUCUACCUUGCUUGGGUUGGGUGCUAUUCCAAUGAAUUUCAACAUCUGAACCUGCAGGAAGGUCUCCACUUCCUCCUCCAGUUCUCUCGGCCUCCGGUGCAUAAAGACUAUCCCUAUUAAGAAAAUGUUGAAGGGACUGUGAAAGGGAGGAUGGCUGCUGGAAGAUUACUGCUCUAUGCUGGCCUCGCUCUUGCUUUGUGUGCCCUGGGCAUGCUAGCUGUGGCCAUCUGCUCCGACCACUGGUAUGAAACAGACGCCAGAAGGCACAGAGAAAGGUGCAAAGGAUUCACAAACAGAAGAAUUGACCCCGGAUUCAUCUAUAACUCCAACAAUAACCUGCCUCUGAGAGCUAGCAGGUCCAGGCUAGACCGCUGGGAGGGCAAACUACUUCUUGCAAGGAACCGUAGGCAGCUUUUUGCCAUGAGUGCUGCAGAUGAGUGCAAUAGGCAAUAUAAUUCCACCAAUAUGGGCCUCUGGAGGAAAUGUCAUCGGCUGGGAUUUGAUCAAGACAUCGAAGAUAUCAUUGUCAAAGGGGAGAUCGAGCGCUGUUCGUACAUCAAGUACCAUUACUCCUCCGCCACGAUCCCCAAAAACCUUACGUACAACAUCACCAAGACCAUCCGGCAAGAUGAGUGGCACGCUCUGCAUCUACGUCGGAUGACUGCUGGCUUUAUGGGAAUGGCAGUAGCCAUCAUUCUCUUUGGAUGGAUAAUCGGGGUGCUGGGGUGCUGCUGGGACAGGGGGCUCAUGCAGUAUGUUGCUGGUCUUCUCUUCUUGAUGGGAGGUACCUUCUGUAUCAUCUCACUGUGCACCUGUGUGGCGGGAAUUAACUUUGAGUUGUCUCGUUACCCCCGAUUCCUGUACAGUCUCCCCGACGACAUCAGUCACGGCUACGGCUGGUCCAUGUUCUGUGCCUGGGGGGGCUUGGGCCUGACUUUAAUCUCAGGAUUCUUCUGCACUUUGGCUCCUUCCGUCCAACCCGUCCUGAGGAGCAACUGCCCCAAAUCGAGGCCUGAGAAUGGAACGGUGUGUUAAAUACUGACCCCCCCCCCCGGGGGCUCAUCCAACUGGAGAUGAACUAUUGUCCCAUAAAUGACACAGGGAGGGGCAUAAAAACAUUCUCCCCCUUCACCAUCUCAUUCAUUCCAAUGUGGUCACAUAAGGAAACCACCUGAACUGGAGACUGGACCUUCCUACUGAGAGACCCCCAACCUACAGACUGUAUAUUACUCACUGCUCAGUGUUUUCUUUUAUAUAUUCCGUUGCUUUGUCUGCUGAGAGACCGAAGCUUUCUCGCCCCAUUCCCCAGUCUCUGCCUCCUGUUGGCCAAGAUACUUGAAACCCAUAUACUCUCCCGCUCCUCAGAAGAUGAUGGACUGGGGUCAUUGGGAUUCCAUGAAGCUUUCCUGUAAAGUUCCUGCUGGUGAAGAUGUAACGGCCUCCAUUGCACAUGCUCAGUCCAACCUUCUGCUCAGAGCUGUCCUUAGUGUAAGCAGGCUUUGUAGGGACCCAUUAAGUAUUACUACUACAACUACUGCUAGACCUUCAGUGCAACAAUCCAACAGCCACUAGAUCCUGUGAGUUGUACAUUACUGUCUCAUCUCUCCCUACUAUACCUGUUAUCCCACAGUCAUACUCCUUUCCCAGAGACUAUUAUCCCACUGUUACUAUAGGUACCAUCUCUCCCUACUAUACCU